AUGGCGGCGGAGGGAGAGAAGAGGGGAGCGAUGGAGGCAGAGGGAGCGGUGGAGAAGGGAGGGGAUGUUGCGGCGACCUCCGAGAAGGGGGAGGCGGCGUCGGCGAAGGGGAAGGGAGUGGUGGAAGCGAAGGAGGUGGCCGGCGGGAAGAUGGUCAUCCUGAGGAGCUCGCAGCCGGAGAAGAAGCGGUACGAGGUCCCGGAGGCGGCGGCGCGGCUGUCGAUGCUCAUCGGAGAAAUGCUCGACGGAGACUGCGCCAACGACGACGGCAUCGUGAUCCCCGUCACCGCCAGGACCCUGGACACGGUGGUCGAGUACUGCAGCAAGCAUUUCGAGGCUACCAAGUCCAACUCCGACCCCUUCGUCGCUGCCGCCACCAAGUCCGACCCCAACCCCAGCGCCGAGGCCAGCGUCGGCGGCGGCGUCAACACGGCGGCGUCCGAGAACCUGGAGGAUUGGGACCGCAAGCUCGUCGACCGCCUCAGCAUGGACGACCUCUACGACGUCAUCCACGCCGCCAACUUCCUCGACAUCAAGGGGCUCCUCGACGUCGUCUACCAGAGGGUCGCCGACAUGAUCAAGGGCAAGACCCCCGAAGAGAUCCGCGCCACCUUCAACAUCGCCAACGACUUCACCCUGGAGGAGGAGGCGGAGUUGUGCCAGCAGUGCGCCUGGAUCUUCGACGCCGAGUAG